GUGGGACAACACGUUCAUAUGCUUAUUUGUGUGUAUAAAUAAUUGCUGUUGUUAUUUGUUUACUGACAAGAGUCAAAAGUGUAAAAAUCAAAUGCAUGUAGAUCUUUAAUUUUGCUAAAAGGAGCCGAACAUGCCCAAAUAUUUCGAUUGAUUAGGAAAUUUCUAUUAAAUAAAACAGUGACGUGGGGAAUAUGUACUUGUUAAAAAGCCUGUUGGCUGUGGCUGCGAAUGUACUCGAUACAUCUUGAAAACGGGCAAGGAUUUAAGGAGGCAACGAAAAUCUCUCGCUUUGGAAGCAGUGCAGAGCAUCAGCUCUAGAUGCUAAAAUUUGAACAAAAAAAGUCGAAAUAGGGCAAGCUAACUUUGAAAAUAUUAUAUGCAUAUAUGAAACUAGAAGAAAGUUUGUAAUUAAAUUCAGCGGCCCUAGGUGCUUAUGCAGAUACAUGCAUAUAUAUAUACGUAUAUACAUACGUACAUAUGCAUUCGCUAUAUAGGAUUUGUUCAUAAAAUGCCCAGCGUGUAGUUUGUGUAAACAAAGAAUGGAAGCACAGAAUUGUAUGUUUGGAAGCAUAUACAUAUGUAUGUAUGUAUUGUAUGUGCGUGUAUUUAAAAUAAUUCUGGCUAUAUAUUAAAAUACGUGUGUAAGUCUCCACAUGGCUGGAGAAUUGAUAUACACAGAUCGAAUUGUUUAUAAAAUGAUCCAAAGCAGGAAAUAGGGCAGGCAAUAAAUGAGUGCAGUUGUUGGUACCUCUAUUGAUAAAAACAGUAUCUAUGAAUGGGAAAGGGGAUUGUUCGGAGACAAAAAAGUAAAAAUGCAUUGAGUGGUUUCUACCAAUGACUAUUAAUGGGUCAUAUAACAUACAUACAUACAUGCAUAUGUAGAUCCCCAUUUAAGUAAGCAGUGAGCAGGCUACUGCAAUGGUUUAUAUUAAAAGGACUUGUUUUGCGUCUGCAACAUAUUAGAGAGAGAAAGAAAACUAUCAUGUUGUGCUGGUGAAGUAUGUAUGUAUAUUGUUCGUACUUUUAUGCGUGCCCCACAAGAAAAAAUGCAAAGGCGUGCAGCAUGCAACACAAUAAUUUUUAAAAAAGGUGCAUAGUUACAAGGUAUCACGUAAGGACCGACACAAUCAGCUGCCUGUUAAGCGGUCCGGUGUGCAAGGCAGUUAAAAUUAAACGAGCAUACUUAAGGGGAACUAUGUCGAGUUUAAUUAGCGACAGUGGAACGUCAGCAGAUUUGGAUAUCAGCAGCAGGGUAGUGGCUGUAGUUUCUGCGACAUCGGCUGCAGCAGCGGCAGCCACUGCUUUUGUGGGAUCCCCUAUUCAGGGAGACACCAAGGCCGCUUGUACGCAGUUCGAAAUGUCUGCAACACCACCGGUCAUUAACACGGAUGCAGCAGUUGAAAGGAAAAAUCCAACUGACGAAGACAAUUCCAUCAACGAGAACGGAAAUAGCCUCAACCUAUCGCUAAUGCAAUCCUCACCGCCACCUCAUAGUUAUCGUCAUUCUCGAGCCUAUCGCCAUUUCAAGAAUCCUCCGCAGCCACAUAUGUGCAUUCGCACAACCACAGAAGCUGGCGAAGAACUGUUUAUCAAUGUGCUAAGUUGGACACGAAUCGUAAUACCACAAGAACCUACUGAUCCUAUACCUUUGUACGGUGGAAUGAGGGUACCACCAGGGAGCCCACGGAGUCCGCCUAUCGUGUUUGCUGUAAUGGCGAAUCCAGAAGUUCUCAAAGAUUCAGGGCGGCACAGCAAGGAUCCGGAAGAGCGCAGGGCCAUGGUUGAAUUAAUGUGCGAUUUCGUGGAAGCAAUGAAUCCAGGAGUGAAACUAGUAAGGGGUCCAAUCUACAAUGCAAGAAGACAAAGGCGAGUACAAUGAGUUCAUAGAGAUAGGCGAGCACGACAUCGAUGUCAUAGUUGUGGGUGUGGACUGAAUCCAUACUAACCGACUAAGUCCAUAUGUAUGUAUUUCAAUUAAAAAUUUUCGCUGUAAUGAACAUUUAAACGAAAUCGAGUGUGUCAAGAGAAACUUUUGAUAUAACUUAUUUGUGCAAUUUCAAUAUGUAGCUCACAUCGAUGUCACUAGCUCAACAUGCGCUUUAAACUGUAAACAUAGCCAUUGGACAAACACCACUGAAAAAAAAACAAUUUAGUAUGCUGCAAAGGUGAAAAUAAAAAAAAAAUUUGUAUGUGAAAUGAUUUUAUGAGUGUUUGCUUAUUGGCAUUAUAUGUACACGUAAAUCGCUAGCUUAGCGUGAAAAGUUGCUAAGUCCACUUUUUAUGAAAACCCAUAUUUUGAUGUAGGAAGCAAGAAAUGCCGACAAAACCAAAAUAUUACGAAAUCUUUUAAUAAAGAUCAAAUCCUUCUUAUUCGUAUAGAGUUUUUCUUUGCUUUAAACACGCGAAAUGUUGUAUUCAAAGAUUUUCGAAAUACUUGAAGAAAAUGACAACAAGAAUAUUUUUCCCUCUCUGGCUUAGAGACUUUGCUCU